AUGUUCAGUACAUCUGCGCUCAAUCAGGUGUCCCUGGUGGUGAAUGUAGCCAGUGAAUGUGGCUUCACUGAAGAGCACUACGAAAACCUGCAGCAGCUCCAGCGGGACUUUGGGCCGUAUCACUUCAAUGUGCUGGCCUUCCCCUGCAACCAGUUUGGUCAGCAGGAGCCCGGCAGCGACAAGGAGAUCGACAGUUUUGUUGGCAGAGUUUACGGAGUCUCCUUCCCCCUGUUCAGUAAAAUCGCUGUCGUCGGAACCGGAGCCAACAAUGUCUACAAGUACCUUGUUGAGUCUUCUGGAAAUGAGCCUGACUGGAAUUUCUGGAAGUAUCUUGUUGAUGUAAAUGGCAACGUGUUGGAUGCAUGGGGACCAAAAGUUUCUGUCAAAGAAAUCAGACCCAAGAUAGCUGAAAUGGUGCGGCAGAUAAUCCUAAAGAAGAAAGAAGAGCUUUAACCUGUUAAACGACACUUUGGUGUUUGGAUUUAAAGAGAUAAACUGAACACAUUCAUUUUGCUUGUACAAUCAGAAUUUGUCAGACUCAACCAUUACCCAGUCACAUAGCAAAAGCAAGUUUUCCUUGCUUCCUGAAAGC